CUAGUUCAAUGUUGAACUUAUAUUCGUAAUUUCAAUUGUCAGAAAAAAAGUCAUAACGUGUUUCAAACGUGCGUUCAGCUUUGUCCAAACUUUAAUAUGUACAACGUAAUGAAAGGCUGAAAUGUAAAGGGCAUUCCCGUUGUUAUUGUUGAGCCAGUAAUGAUGACUAAUUCCUUUUCUGACUUUCACAGAAAAGUCCUUCCUCUGUAUCCAAGAUGUGUUCAUAUCGAAAGAAGGCGGGGUUUUGUUGGGAAACAAUUAUUGUACAAAAUGAUCUUUGAUCACCAGUCACGAGUAAAUUAGUGAUUUAAAAAAAAGAUCUGUUGCAUUAAUGUAUAUACACACUUACUGCCACAAUCCAGAAAAGGCUCCAGUUUAAUAUAAAUGAUUGUAAAAUGGCAGAUUUUUAAUUAUUUCCUUUGUAUUUCUUUACUUCACCACAUCCACUUAGGAAGAAAAAUCACAGUCCCAUAGUUGAAAGUUACUGUAACUGCAGUUCUUUGUUCCCUUUAAUAUGAUGUUUGGCGAGAAGCUUUUUGUUCUCCAUCUUAUCUGGAGCCAUAUAGUUGGACAAUUUUCCACUUAGGAAUAAAAAAAUGCUUAAUAAAAGGUAAUAAUAACUCCUCUUCAUGAUAUGCACAAACAGUUAUGACAGAUGUAUGAAUCAUCGAGUGUCUCAAACAAGCCUGUGAGGAAACCUCGUUUCUGUGCUGUAUAUUCCUUUAGGGAAGUGAAUACUUGCUUGUGCAGCAUUUUGUUUGGCUUUUGUGUAGACACCACUGUCAGCACAUACACUUUCAGCAUGAACUAUUCGACCGACCGACCUCCUCCAGAGGAAAUGGCUCCAGAAGAGUUUGAUGGCGGCACAGCAGUCGCUUGUGUGAUCCUAGGUUUAUCUUUUCUGGUUGGCACUCCGGGAAACAUUUUGGUGAUAUGGACCAUCCUGAGACACGUCAAGAAGUGUUCUCACACUGUGGUUCUUAUUCUACAUCUGGCCGCUGCGGACCUGCUGGUCCUUAUCACCCUGCCUCUCUGGAUAUACUCCCUGGCCCACUCCUGGGUUUUUGGAGAAGUCUCCUGCAAAGUCAUGGUCUUCAUCAUCAUGGCAUGUAUGUACAGCAGUGUUUUUUUCAUAACCCUUAUGAGUGUUGAGCGGUUCGUUGCCGUGCGCUAUCCGUUUGCCUCAGCUAACUGGAAAAGAAAAAGGGCUCUGAACAAAGUGCUGCUGGCUGUGUGGACCGCAUCUUUUUUGUUCAGCAUCCCCGUCAUCCCAACUCAGGUUGUAGGGAAGGAUUCUGGCGAGGAGCACUGUCUGUACAGACACUACACAACUGCCACCCAGGAAGUGGUGUGUUUGCUGCUGGAGACCCUUGUGGGCUACAUGUUACCCCUUUUCAUUCUGGUGGUCUGCUACGGCUGUCUGUGCAGCCGUAUUACCAAGAUGACGUUCAAGUCAAAGCAGAAGUCCACUGUCCUCAUUGCAAGUGUUGUGAUUGUGUUCGCUCUGUGUUGGACACCUCAUCACUUGGAGAAUGUUCUGUCACUCAUCAAACUGGCCAUUGAAGAUUCCCAUUCUGAUGCAGCAGAAACCCUGGAGCGUGUCCGGAGCACCAUGAGCUUCAUCACGGGGGCCAUGGUCUUCAUCAGCAGCUCCAUUAACCCAAUACUCUAUAUGUUUGCAGCGCGCUCUUUCAGGAGUUCCCUACGCGACACUGGCAUCCAGAAGCUUUUCCACCACAUCUCCAGCACCUCCCCAGGCGAGGGCAACAGAGAACUGUCCUUUGUUUCAAAGAGACAAAGCAAACAGACCACUGACUCUCAUUGCGUUUUGGAAAGUCAGGACCAAAUGGACAUUUUGAUUAAAAUGUGUGAAAACAAUAUGUCCUGAUAUUUUAUACUGUCUUGUGUGAUUCUUGUGCAUAUUCCUUAUAUCACCUGUGUAUUUUAGAUGCCAAUAUUACAUGUCAUAUUUUCAGUGCUCAGUGUAUUUGUGAAAUAAUACCUAUAUGUACAUAAAUCUAUUUAGAAAAAUGUUGAAAUAAGUCAUGUAAAAAGCAGAGUAUUUUUAUAUCAUAGCAAGAAUCCAUUGUCCUGAUUGUUGAUUUUGUUAACUAUGUUUGAGAGUUGAAUGUAAACAAAGUACAGAUGUAAACUCA